CCUUUUUCCAACUCCCACUUCUCUUAACUCACAUCUUUCUAUUGUCAAAAAAAAAAAAAAAAAAACUCACAUCUUUCUCCUUCCAAAUCAAACCCUCUUUCAUUCCUUCAUUCAUUUCAUCUCCACACUUUUACAUUUACACAAUUGCCCCUACGAAACGACGUCGUUUAAUUGAAGAACCAACCAUGCCCGCGUCUUUGCAGAAAAUGGCGCACUCCAGCACGAGCUCCGGCGGCAACUGCAAAGGCUCCGCCGUUUCUGAGUUUCCGGCCGGGUUAAGAGUUCUCGUCGUUGAUGAUGACGUCACUACUUUGAAGAUUAUCGAGCGAAUGUCUCUUCGCUGCCAUUACCGCGUCACAACAUGUUCUGAGGCUACUGUUGCUUUGAAAAUUCUGCGGGAGAGGAAAGGCUGUUUUGAUGUUGUGCUGAGUGAUGUUCAUAUGCCAGACAUGGAUGGCUAUAAACUCCUUGAACAUGUUGGAUUGGAAAUGGAUCUUCCUGUUAUUAUGAUGUCUGUUGAUGAUAGGACAAGUACUGUCAUGAAGGGAAUUAGACACGGGGCUUGUGAUUAUUUUAUUAAGCCUGUAAGGUUGGAAGAACUAAGGAAUAUAUGGCAGCAUGUUGCCAGGAAAUUUUUGAACGAAAACAAGGAACAUGAUAAUUCUGGCAGCGUAGAAGAUAAUGACCGCAAUGCACGAGGGAAUGAUGAUAAUGAUAAUGAUAAUACUUCUGUUGCUGGUACAACAAAAGGAAUAGUUAAAGAGCAAAAAAAGAGGAGCAAUUUAAAAUAUGAAGAUGUUGAAUUGGAGAAUGAUGAUCUAUCUACAUCUAAGAAGCCUCGUGUAGUAUGGUCAGUAGAACUGCAUCAACAAUUUGUCAGUGCUGUGAAUCAACUAGGGCUAGACAAGGCUGUACCAAAGAGAAUACUUGAAUUGAUGAAUGUCACUGGUUUGACGAGAGAAAAUGUUGCAAGUCAUUUGCAGAAAUUUAGACUUUAUUUGAAGCGAUUAAGUGGAGUCGCACAACAACAAAAUGGGAUGCUAAACAGAGUUACUGGGACUAUAGAAUCCAAGCUAGCUGCUACGGGAAGAUAUGACAUAGAAACUUUGGUAGCGUCUGGCCAAAUUUCCCCUGAAACACUUGCAGCUCUUCGUGCUGGGCUCUUAGGUCACCCGGUAACUAACAUAAUGCCUACUUUGGACCAGACUGCAAUAGUACAUGCAUCUGUUCACGGGCCAAAACAUUCUUGUGCUGAUGAUCCUACUGAAGCAUAUGGUCCGCCUCAUGUAAACUUCCCUUCCAACAGUGUCAAUAAUUUCCCUCACUCCAUCUUUAAAGUAGAUGAUUCAUCAUCCAGAUUUGGAGCAUGGCCGCCAUCUAAUACACUUGGUUCAGUCUCAAGGGGGAGGUUAGGCAUUCAGAACAAUAACAUAGUGAUUGAUAUAUUGCAGCACCAACAAAGGCAUCAGCAUCAGCAGAAACAACAGCAUUUGCCGACUCAUGAUCAAAAUCGAUCAAUCAAUGUGCAACCAUCUUGCUUGGUUGUUCCUGCUCAAUCUUCUGACACUUUCCAGGCAGUAAAUAGUGUUGCUUCUGUCAACAAGGAUUGUAGUUUUGACAGAAAUGCCAUUAUUGAUUAUAGUCAAUUGUCACAAAAAUCAAAUAAUUCAUCAAGUACAUCUCAAUAUCCUGGCGGAAACACCAAAGCUACCUCUAUUUCUCCUCUAAUGCCCUCUUUUUCAGUAGGCUCCAGCAAUAACAAUAUUCAGAAUCAGAACUCAACUUCAACAUCUGGUGCUGCAAGACCUUUGCCUAGCCAUCUGCCAGUGACGUUUAGACAAGUUCCAUAUGAUAUUAAAUCCAGUGAUUCACUUGAUCAAUUAUGUCUUAGAAAUCUUGGAUUUGUUGGCAAAGCUAACUGCAUACCAAAUUUUAAAAAUAAAAUUGAGUCAUCUGCAAGUGAUUUUAGUCAUAGGAAAGUAUUCAUGGCUAGCAAUGGUAACACAGUGAAGGAAGAACCAGAUUUGAUCAGAUAUCCAAAUGUGAGCCACCCAGUUCUACAGAGUUAUCCAUCUCAUGACCAUUCAAGUGCAUUCACAUAAUAGGUAACUUCAACAAUUCAUCUACCAUAAUUAUUUUGUAUAAGAUGAUGAAUCUGUUAUACUAUUUGGUCAGUGAAUGGAACACUUUAUAUUAGUUGGGCAUAAUGUAAGUAGAAUGAUGGCUUUAAUUUUGUCUCGAAAUUUCUUGAAUGGCAAUGAAGAGGCUAUUUAACUACGUUAAUCUAAACCAUUAACCGUGUAUCCUAUUUCUCUGCAUAAGUCGUGUACACAAAUAGAUUGAACUUCUAGACCAGCCUUCCCAUCAAAUAGUAUCUUAUAUGAAAAUGCUUGGAAAUGGUUGGUUACUGAGAUACACACAUGUCUAUUGUCUUUGGUAUUUUCUAAACAGAGGUAGAUUAAUAGAAGUCAUAAUAAAUAGACACCUGAUUUAAUCUUUUGAAGCUUGUUAAAGCCACAGUGAGGAGGGUGGCGGGUAAUAUUUGGCAAGUACUCCAUGUAUUAUGGACAUUAUGAUGCUAUUUGGUCAGCCAGCGCCACCUUGUAGAAAAGGCUUUGAUAGCUGUAACUUGUACCAAAUGUUUUUAUUUUUGAAAAUAUGCUAAUUAAAUACUAACAGGUGUUUUUUCUUGGAAAAGGUUACUACUUAGUACUUACUACUAGUUGAAGAUAUUGCAGCAUGAUUUUUGCAUUUAUAUUGGCUGUGAACUUGUGCCUGAAUUUUUGUUUGCAUCAUGUUGAAUUGGAGAAGAGACGUCCUUUCCUCUAAAGGUACAUAUUGUUGUUUUCUCCUUAAUUGUUAGGAAAACAGUUGCUGAAGUUCUUUUGUGUUGUCUGCACUAUUGUUAGCUGCAUUCUAGACUCCAAUGAUGACUCUAACUCUGUAUAAAGGUUAGUAUUUAUGAAUUUUAGUUUAAUCCUCAGUAGCUGCACAUGUAUAUUGGAAUGCUAUGUAAUUAUAAACUAGUUUGCAGGGAAAUAAAGUUUUUAAUCAGAUUUCAACUGAUUAAAUUAUUGGCUACAUGCCGGGAAAUUAAUAAAUUUAGGGCUUCUUUGCUUUUAUAUAUAAUUUUGAUAGACAGAUAACAGUGGUUAGUUUGCUAUGAGGAAGAGGAAAUAUUAGUGGCGGGGAUUGAACCUUGGAUCUCCUACAUAGAACACUUUGUUUGUAAUGUAAAACGAGCUGUAUGUCACAUUAACUAUGAAGUCCUUAGGAUUGUUACUUAUGCUUAUUAAGAUUUAGGAUCAAUUACAGUUUUUGUGACUGUUAGUUGGAAGACAAUAGGAAUAGGACUGUGUUUCAGCCAUAAUGAAAGAACCAAAGGUGGUUGGUUUAUUUAAUUGCUGAAAGCUAGUCUUGAAAGAAGUUUGCAUCUACAUUACAUUUGAUAUGCCUAGGGUUGGAGGCUGCCAAGAAUCUGAUAGAUGUUAGGCAUUAUGAGAGGAGGAUGAAUGGUUGUAUAUCAUACGGUGUCGGAUGCAGUGUUAGGUUUUUGUGUCUAAAUAACACCUCAUUUGUUUAAGACUAUCUGUGGGCAUUCUUCCACAGCUUCUUAUUCUGGCCUUGCAAAUUGCCCAGACUAUGGCAAACCUCUACUGAGAGGUAGAUUCAGCCCUUGUGUGAAACAUAAAGUAUCUUUGAAUUCAAUUUGCUGCUGUUACAGAUGGAUCAAAUGCCUUAAAUUCUGAGCAUUCCAAACUACCUUUGCAUGAUCACAAGUGAAUAAAAAUUUACGAAAAGUUUUCAAA